AUGUUUACUCGUUCCACUGCAAGGGGUAUGGUUAUUCUACUCCUCUACGUAGAUGAUAUGGUCAUUACAGGUGAUGACAUGAAAGGCAUUGAUGCUCUUAAAACUCAUCUUAGUUCAUGUUUUGAAAUGAAGGAUCUAGGCUCCUUACGUUACUUUCUUGGUUUAGAAGUUGAUCACUCAUCUGAUGAUUGUUUCAUCUCUCAAGUAAAUUAUGCCUCAGAUAUUCUUCAACGUGCUGGAUUAACGGAUAAUAAAACUGCAGCCACACCUCUUGAAUUGAAUAGCAAGCUUAGUCCUUCUGAUGGAAAACUCCUUAUUAAUCCUACCUUGUACCUCCAACUUGUGGGAUGUCUAAACUAUUUAACUAUUACUCGACCAGACAUUAGUCAUGCAGUGCAUAUAGUUAGUCAGUUCAUGUCAGCUCCGCGAUCCACUCACUAUGCAGCUGUACUCAGGAUCUUACGUUAUAUCAAAGGGAUAUUGUAUCAAAGAGUUACGUUUUCGUCCACUUCUGAUCUCUGCCUUCGUGCAUAUUCAGAUACAGAUUGGGCAGGAGAUAUUACAGAUAGACGCUCAACUACAGGAUAUUGCAUAUUUCUGGGUAGUUCAUUAAUAUCUUGGCGCAGUAAGAAGCAAAACGUAGUUUCCCGAUCUAGUGCUGAAGCAGAGUAUAGAUAUCUUGCACACUCAACCUCAGAAAUUGUUUGGUUGCGAUGGCUUCUAGGGGAUAUGGGAGUUAAUCUGUCAGAACCAACUCCACUGUACUGUGACAACAAGGCUGCUAUUCACAUUGCUCACAAUGAUGUUUUUCAUGAACGUACCAAGCAUAUCGAAAUUGACUGUCAUUUUGUACGUCAUCAGUACAAGAAACGGAUUAUCAACUUAUCCUUUGUUUCUUCUGAGAUGCAACCUGCUGAUCUCUUUACUAAGGCGUUGUCUUCUGUGCGUCUCAAGCUCUUAAUUUCCAAACUCAACAUGUGCUCUAUCCCAUGUUGA